UGCGUGUAUAUCCCCUACAACAUGUGCUGGUUUAAUUUUUAGGUUAUAAACUUAUAUUUUUGUUGCAAGUGUCAGAUUGUUUUGAUUCAGUGAUUUUUAUUUAAAAGUAAACAAGACAUCUGUUAAAAUGAGCGAAUUCAUAGUAACAAAAGCUGCUCAGUUGAAAAAAAAUGCUGAAAAUAAUUUUGUAGCCGUAAGUUACACCGCUCCGAAAAGAAAAAAACCUAUUGCUGAGAUAAAUAAAGAUACAAGUUACAAUCAAGAACAAUCCCAAGAAGAAGAGGACCAAGAAAAAGAAAUGAAGCGUCUGCGGUGGGAAGUUUUAAAAUUUGGAUCUUCAGGACUUGCUGGUACAGAUAAAAAAAAAUCCAAAGUCGCUCUGGCUAUUUCUUUGGGAGCUAAGCCGCCGAAAAAUCGACGAAUGAAUUACAAAAAUCUCAAGUUAAAAAAGAGCAAAGAGAAGGAAGAAGCUGCUAAGGAAAAAUUGGAGCAAGAACAUCAAUCUGGUCUGACCAACAGUUUAAAGAAGACGACGAAGAAGAAGCGGGUACAAAAGGACAAAGGAAUUUUGGGAGUCUAUGGAAAGGUUUCCAAAAGUUCAAGAGACAGGACGAAAUGAAAAAAGCAGUAAUUUAAAUAGUAUUAUUUGCUCACAUGAUUUACAACAUUUAUUUUUGUUUUUUUUUAUCUAUUGCUAUUGGUAACAUUCAACUAUAUCACCUUGUUGUAGACUACGCAGCAUAUAACGAGUAAUAAAAUAAUAUUUAUGUAUUUA